AUGCAUCCUUAUUUUGUUGCGUCUAUAGUAGUUAGCGUUGCAGUUGUUGGCUUUGUAGCUUAUACAGUUUAUAAUGAAAUUUUAAACGAGCCAAUUCCAGUUUAUUCCAUAGCUGGAGGCAACAGAAACGAUUCAAAGGAUUCCUCUAGUGAAAAAGAUUCAGAUUCAGAUUCUGAUUUAUCUGAUAGAAACGCUACAGAAGAAAGGAUAGAAGAACAACUUUUAGAAAAUUUAUCGUAUCUUAAUAUUUUAGAACAAGAAUUACACCGUAAAAGUAAAGAAAUAGAAAAUGAGGAGCGAAUUUUGAAAGAGAGAGAACAAGAACUUGAAAAUAGGAAGCAACGCUUAAAAUCCAUCAGUUCAAAAUCCAGCUCUGAUUCUGAUUUAUCUAAAAACACAAAGAAUACUUCUGCUACUAACACUAUUUUAGACAAUGACAGCAAUGAUGAAAUUCCAUCAAAAGAUGUUGAACAACAUUCUUUAUAUAAUGAAAGUAGCUUUUAUCCUGACACAGCUGUACAAUCAAUUCUCUCGCAAGGUUUAUCAAGUAUUAGUAGUCAUCACCUGCAAUCAUCUGUUGAUAGUGCGUAUAAUAGUGAUGAUGAUGAUGACGGACAAAUUCUUGAUCUUCCAAACAAUUCUCGUUUUUUAUCACCCAAUCCAUCAGAAGAUGCGUGGUCUGAAAUUGGAUCUAUUAUUUCAGAGGAUGUUGGAAGUGAAAUGUCAUCUGCAGUUGACAUUGAUAUGGAAGAAACACAAAUCCUAAUCUGGGCUCAACCAGUUUUGAUUCCUUUCUUUAUGAUACAUUCAGUGAGAUUAACUUACAUCUUAAUAGAAGAACAACAAAAUAGUCAAUACAAUGGACCUAAAUUUAAAUUACCACUUGUUUUAAAUGUUUAUCAAGGUUUAUUGUCAUGUUCUGCGCCGAUUUUUACAUUGGUAGAAGCAAUUGCUACUUCCAUGCUUAUUUUAGAAAUUAGACAUUAUGUCAAAGAAACGCUCGAGGAUGAAGAUUUGAUACAUAAUAAGGUGUUGAUAUUUUUCCUUUGA